AUGGAAUGGAUCCCAUUUGAUCAAUUCAAAGAUCUAAAACCUCUUGCAAAGGGUGGGUCGAUAUUAGAUUUUAAUGAAAGUAAACAAGAAUUCGUUUAUCAAGGUCCUCAGAAGGUUGCGCUUAAAUCUUUAAAUAAUUCAACAGAUCCUACAGAAGAGUUUUUUGACGAGGCAAAAAGAUUUAUUCAAAUUAGAUCAGGUGAUAUUGUUAAUGCAUAUGGAAUAUCUAAAAUUGAAAUUCCUGGCAACUGCAAUUUUGCUAUAGUUAUGAAUUAUUUUGAAGAAGGAAAUUUGCGAGAUUAUUUAAAGAAAAAUCACAUGAUUCUAAGUUUAGAAGAUAGAGUGUUUGCCAUUUGGCGUAUCUGUUUUGUUUUACUGGACGUUCAUAAACAAAAUCUAAUUCAUUGUGAUUUACAUAGCGGAAAUAUCCUUAUAUAUACAAAUAGAUGCUUGCUUACUGACUUAGGACUAUGUGGCCCUGUAGAAGGUAAUAAUGCAGAUGAAGUGUUUGGAAUUAUUCCGUACAUGGCACCCGAAUUACUUCAAACUAUUGAAUAUGAAGAAAAACGAACUAUAAUGGCUUUUAAUACAAACUUGCAACAAGAAACUUCUUAUCAGAGCAAGGUUUUUGAUUUUAAGUUUAUUAACUCAGGUUAUUUUCGUUUAUCAAAUUAUUUUUCUGUUAAAGUUUAUGAUACACAUAGUAAGAAAACAGCAGUGUAG